AUGACAGCCAACCAGUGCGGCAGGCCGUUGAACCAAUUAAGUGUUUAUCCAGUCUACGAAUGCUACCCCGUCUGUUCUCUCCGCAACAACAUCUCACCAGAGUGGAACGCCGCACUGACGAAAUGCUGCGGCCCAUCCCCCACAAAAAUAAACUGGUGUUACAGUUUCUGCGCGGUCGAGGAAUCGCAGUUCUCCGCAUGGACGAGCUGCAUCCAGAACGUAACUGGCAGUCCGUAUGGGCUAGCUUGUCAAAGGGCAGAUCAGUCGCCAUAUCUGAAUAGUAAUCCGCCGUAUCCGGAAUCGUACUCGCAACCGCAGCCGCCGCCAGGAGUUACGGUUCCGCCUAGACCGACACAGUCGAAGGUUUAUUGUACGACUACUUCGAGUGUGGUUCUGAGCUCGACCACGGCUUCGACGAGUAGUGGGGGUGUUGUGAAAAGGAGUGUUUCGGCUGCUUCGGCUUCGACAACUGCUGUGCAGAAAGGUGGUUCGCCGAAGAGGUUGGGUUUGUCUGUUGGUGGUGUGCUAUGUGGUUUUAUGGUCGUUGCAGCUCUUGUCUUGUAA